AUGUCAGGGACCAAGCGGAUAGAGCAAUGGGAGGUUGAGCGCUACUGGGAGAUCUUCGCCUCCCUGUCCAACGGCGGCACCCACCUCGACGGCCAACAAGCCGCCUCCGUGCUCAAGAACAGCCAACUGCGCGACGACCAGCUCGAGAAGAUCUGGGACCUGGCCGAUGUCGACAACGAUGGCCGCCUCGACUUUGAAGAAUUCUGCGUCGCCAUGCGCCUGAUCUUCGACCUCGUCAACGGAGAAUACAACGACGUCCCGCAGACCCUCCCCGACUGGCUCGUCCCCGAAUCCAAAGCCCACCUGGUGCAAGCCACGCGCGCAAUCCACGGCAACCAGCCCGAAUUCGAACGGGUCGACGAUGACGACGACACACCCGGCCUGAAGGACGGCUUCGACUGGUACAUGUCGCCGGCCGACAAGAUGAAGUACGAGGAGAUCUACUCGGCCAACAAGGACCACCGCGGCGACGUGACUUUCGAGACGCUGGAGCCGCUGUACGACUCGCUCGACGUGCCCGACACGGACAUCCGCAGCGCCUGGAACCUGGUCAACGCCCGCGGCCACGAGUCCAUCGGCAAGGACGCCUGCCUCGCCUUCCUGCACAUUCUCAACAUGCGCCACGAGGGCUUCCGCAUCCCGCGCUUCGUGCCGCCCAGCCUGCGCGCCAGCUUCGAGAAGGGCAACAUCGAAUACAACCUGGACCGCGUGGCCAGCCCCAGCGCCAAGAGCCGCUGGGCCGUCGACCGCAGCGACGACAGCACCACCGGCCGCAAGGCGCGCUUUGGCGACACGUACCUCAGCCGCCUGGGCGUCGGCGACCGCGGCCGCUACAUGCCCAAGGGCACCGACUUCGGCAGCACCAAGACGACCGAGGACUGGGAGGAGGUGCGCCUGAAGAAGCAGCUGCGCGAGCUUGACGACAAGCUGGCCAACGUCGAGCAGACGAUGAAGGCCAAGGGCCGCGACACGCGCGAGGACAGCAAGCCCGCUCUGGUCAAGCGCGAGCUCGAGCAGCUGCUCGAGUACAAGCGCCGCCAGCUGCGCGACCUCGAGCUUGGCGAGGGCCAGGCCAAGGAGGGCGCCAGCCUGAAGGGCAUGCAGGACGAGAUCCAGACGGUGCGCGAGCAGGUCGACGGCCUGGAGUCGCAUCUGCGGAGGCGCGAGGAGGUGCUGGAGGACCUGAAGAGGCAGAUAGAAGAGGAGAAGCGGAGUUGA